AAAAAUUUAAAAAAUAAAAAUAAAAAAUAAAGUUAAAAAUUCCAACAUUUUUAAACGACAAAUUUCUAUUGAAAUAAUUAGAUUAAAAUAAAUCAACAAAAAUCACCGCGGUAGAUGGGUGUAAACUCAAUUUGCUCGGAAAUAUAUUUUUGACAGCUUGAUCAUGAUCAGCUGGACAUAAACAUCGCUUUCAUUUCAUUUAUAUUGGCAUCCAAACAGUGGUACCAAAAAGGUUGGCUUGUAAAAGUUUUAAAUUUGGUUGUCGGAGUGGCUUUAUUACGUUUUUAAUUAUUUUUAGAACAUUAAAGUCAUUUUAAUCAAUGCAAAUAACCAAUAACAAGUUUAUGCCAAACCACCGCCUCAUUUGUCAAUGCCCAAAGUGCAAAAUGAUUUUGUGUUGUUGUAGAAAUCCAUCUGAUUAUUCGCACAGCUAGUUUGCUUCUACGCACUGUAGAGUAGUAGAACAUAAAAUAUUGUUUUAUUUUUAUUUUAUAAUAAAAAAUGCUAUUACGAAACAUAGCUGGUACAUUACUGAGGCCCAAUUACAAAUGGCCAACCUCUAGGCAUUUUCAUAGUUUAUUAGAUAUUCAUCCGAAUAUUAGAAAUGCCCUUAACCAAAAAAAGCCGGUAGUAGCAUUGGAAUCAACAAUAAUCACCCACGGCAUGCCGUAUCCUCAUAAUAUGGAAACUGCUUUGGAGGUAGAAGAUGUGGUUAAAACGGUGGGUGCUACUCCCGCCACUAUUGCCUGUUUAGAUGGACGACUUAAGGUUGGCCUAACAAUGGAGGAGAUAGCUAAACUUGCAGAGGUUGAAAAAGCUGACGUGUUAAAAUGCUCUCGCCGAGAUCUGCCCUACGUAGUGGCCAAUGGUAAAUGUGCUGGCACCACAGUGGCUGCUACAAUGAUAAUUGCACACAUGGCUGGCAUUAAAAUUUUCGCAACAGGCGGUGUGGGUGGUGUUCAUCGCGAUGGUCACAUAUCAUUGGAUGUAUCUGCCGAUUUAGUUGAAUUGGGCAGAACUCCAGUCGUUGUUGUUAGUAGUGGAGUAAAAUCCAUUCUGGAUAUUCCACGAACUUUGGAAUAUCUUGAAACUCAAGGGGUAUCAGUGGCUGCCUACAAUAAUGAGGGUAAAUUUCCAGAUUUCUAUACCAGGGACAGUGGUUGCAAAGCUCCUUAUAACUUGAAGGGACCACAGGAUGCAGCUGCUCUCAUUAAAGCCUUGCAAGAUUUAAAUUUACAAUCAGGAAUGUUGAUAGGUGUGCCAAUUCCCGAAGACUACGCCCUUGAUAAAGACAUGGUCAGAAAGGCAAUCGAUGAAGCUCACAAGGAAGCGUUGGCCAAAGGUGUAGAGGGUAAAAACGUUACCCCAUUCAUGUUGGCUGCAGUAGCCAAUAUUACAAAAGGCAAUAGCCUGAGAGCAAAUAUUGCCCUGAUUAAAAAUAACGCAAAGGUGGCUGCCGAGAUCGCAUGCGAACUGAGUGGCGGAGAUGGGAAUAAACCAUGUUUGAAUAGUCCAAGGAAACAACCACCGCCCAUGAUUAUCGGUGCAUCAAUGCUGGACCUGUGUUCAACGAUGAUCGAUGAUAGCCCACUUGCUUUGGAUGGAGCUACAUAUCAAACCAAAGUAAAGGAGUCGGCAGGUGGCGUUGGGCGCAACUUAGCCGAAAGUAUACAUAAAUUACAUGGCGACGCCAGUUUUAUAUCUGUCGUUGGCAAUGACCACACAGGCAAAAGUCUGUUGCAGCUGAUGCCUGACUCCUUGUGCAGCAAGAUACACGUUGAUAGUAAAAACACUACAUCAAUCUGUUCCAUUUUAUUUGAUAAAAAUGGAAAUUGUAAAUUAUGUUUGGCCAACAUGGAUAUCCAUAAGACUAUUUCGGGAAAAUUAGUAGAACAACAUGAACAAGAUUUUCAAAAGUCUCCUCUGAUAAUUAUAGACGGUAAUCUCUCCGUGGAAGCAAUAGAUUCAAUAUUAACGUUAGCUAAACGCCACAAUAAACCUGUGUUUUUCGAACCAACCGACAUGCUUAUUGCCGGCAAACCUUUCCAACUGAGCCAACAACAAUUCCGACAAAUCAAAUGUAUUUCUCCCAAUGUAUACGAAUUGAAAACAAUUGUGGAAACUUUGUGUUCCAAAAAAAUAGAAUGGGACCCAAAUAGUUCAUUAGCAGCUGGUCAGGAGCAAUUAAUACGUGAUUGUACGAAUUUGUUAAAGCAGAUUGAGGAUCACUUUGAUUGUAUUGUCGUAACACUCGGCUCCCAUGGCGUAUUGGUUAAUAUUCGGGGUGAAUCUUUUCAACAUAGAUUUUUCAAUAGUGACUCGGAGCACUAUACCCCGCCCCAGGAAAAAACACAUAUGCGUCGGUUUUACAAGGCCCCCGUUGUUGCUGAUAUCGUAAAUGUUUCUGGUGCUGGCGACAGUUUCUCUGGCGGUUUCAUUACGGGACUUUUGCGUGGUUACACUGUGGAUGAAUGUAUAGCAUUUGGUUUUGUUGCCGCAACAUGCGCACUGAAAUCUGAAUCCGCCGUUCCAACACAAUAUUUCAAGAGUACAGAGGAUGAAAAUCAAAGGCAAAAACAACAGCUUUGUGAUUUAGUAUUUUUGGAUGUUUAAUAUUAUAAAAAUAUUAAUUGUUAUGCAUUUUUUUAAAAACUAAAGCAUUCUAUAAACAGUGUGUUCGCAGAUAGCAUUUCUAUAUAUAGUUAAUAAGCCCACCUGUAAAUAGAAAAGUUAAAAAAAUAAAUUUAAAUUUUUAUAUGGAAA